GCCAGGCACAUGUGUAAGGGCAUGAUGGCACAUGCCAUGCAAACCGCAUACUUCUCUCGAGCAGAGGCUGACUGCGUGCUUUGCCACAGUGGGUUGCGCAGGUGCCUUCAGUCGGAAACGCCCAUAACGUUCUUCUGUUAGCACAUAAUGGACGUCGACAUGCUCGAUCGUCCGCCAAACGGCCCGACGUCGGCGUCUGUAUCUGGACCAAACCAGGGGCGGCAAACCAGCGCCGCAGUUCAUCGCAUUCGUUUCGUGGACUGGUCACCGUCCGGUAUUACCUCGAUCGAUUUUGCUCCCUCCGCUUCGAGCUUCGUCAGCUCGCAGCAUGUCGGUUCGGCAAACGCGAGAUAUGUGACGGACGGCGCGGAUAGCACCGCGCGGAGCUUGAUGGCCAUCGGACGCGAGAACGGGACGAUCGAGCUGUGCGUUUGGACCCAAGACACGGUCGGUGUGAGCCCGGCCGGAAGCGGAUUCGCAAAAGGAUGGGUGGUGCAUACGGUGCUGGUCUCUCCACAACAAUCGUCCAUCGACAACUUGUGCUUUGUCCGCUCUCCAGUCAAGUCGGCCGGCAGCGUAUUCAACUCUCCCUACGCCUUUUCCUCCUAUUCUUCAACUCAGGCUACCAUUCUUCGCCUCUUCAGCACCUCGGGCGGCUCGCUGCUCACAGAGCACUUUCUCCCUCCGGACCUCGCCUUCUCAAGCAGUCAGAACCACCCUUCAACCAGCGCGACCCCUGUGCACGUUCAUCGCUCCAAAGCUGGUACUACACGUACUCUCUCCUCCAAUGCAGGUACAAUAUGGUCUCUCGCUCCGUCGCCGCUGGGGCGCUUCCUUGCGAUCGGCUGCGAAGGUGGACAGGUACGCCUAGUCGAUGUCAGCAAUGCAGACGCCUUUGCCCACCUCGACAGCUCCAGCGAUCUUUUUGCUCGCUCGCGGGGUGCAGCAGCUGGUGUCGAGCGAAUCGGAGCGGUGGGAAGAAUGGAAAAAACCAAGGGCAGGGUCAUGACUCUUUCUUGGGGUCCACCUAGGCUUGUCAGUGGCAGUAUUAGCGGCCCGUCCGCCGCGUUGACCAAGGGCAAUCAGGAGAAUGCAAAUGGGAAGGACAAGGCGCGAGAUGGAGCUGCUGGACGAGAGGCAAGCGACGAGAGUGACUCUGGCUCCACCACUGGUACGACCUCUGAUUCUGAUUCCGACUCUGAGUCAGAUGAUGACGAAGGCGAAGAAGAGUGGGACGAGUCCUUUCUUCUCGGCGGCACUUCUUCUAGCGUCGCAGUCAUCUGGGACAUCUCGACCGGCCGGCUGCUCUCACGUCUUUUGGUCUUCAAGAAUCGUCACGAGUCCACGAUCGUCUGGUCCUCCGCCAUCCUCGCCGACGGAACAAUAGUACUUGGCGACUCAAACGGCGGAGUGACGUUCUACGACGCCAGGACGCGCCUGCCGCUACCGACUGCGACAUUCAAGGUGCAUGGGGACAAGGCGGAUGUGCUGGCGCUUUGCAUCGGCCCAGAUGGGAAAAAAGUCUACUCGGCCAGUGUGGAUCAAAAAGUCGCAGAGUAUUCGCUCGUAGGGGGAGCGGGAAGAUCGAAGGGCAAGCAAGUACGCUGGGUGCACACCGGUACACGUCGGCUGCAUGCGCAUGAUAUACGUGCGCUGGCCAUCGAGCCCAAAUUCGACAUGAGAGCCGCGGCGUUCGCAUCUCUAUCCCGCGCUGAGCCACAGCUUGUAUCCCGUGUGCCUAUUCUUGCGAGUGGAGGGACCGACUUUCACGUCGUGCUCAUCCCCGCUGCUGGCACAGCGUCCGCCGGUGUGUAUGCUGCUGCGCCACCUGCUGCAGUCAUUUCUGCUGCAGCGGAGGGCGGUGACAGUAAAGAGAAGGCGUCGCGUCGCAAGCGCACAUCCACAGCUGCGGCCAAGGCAGCCUCCAGCUACGCUCUCGGCGACCGGCCUGCAGAUAGCCUUAAUCCGAUAUCCGACAAUCCGCUCGUGACGUUCGCUGAGACGACGCAGCGCAAGUUGGCCUACGUGCCUCCUACGAGCCGCUCAAGUUUACUGGGCGGCGGAAGCGCUGCGCAGCUUUGCGCCGAAAGAAGGUGGAUUAUGCUCCGGCGCGCUGACAGCGUAGCGAUUUGGGAGCUACCGAAUUUGCCGCAGACCAAAUCUCAGGCGCUUGAGGGCGAUCAGCUGGGUCUGCCUCCUGCCGCCGGCGGAGUCUAUGAUGUCGACCAACAGUGGCGCAAGCUCAUCGAGCUGCAGUUCAAGUUCCGCACCCUUAUCAUCUGUGCCGCCAUUUCGCCAUCUGGCGACCUGCUUGCCGUCUCGGAUCUGUAUGAGACUAAGCUCUUCCGCCUACGAAUGCGGCGCAGGGGCAGCGGUAGCAUGUCAGCAGACUCCAUCGAGCCGAGCCGUCUUGGAUCCUUUGGAAAGGCGUUUGCACACGUGCGCAAAAGUAGCAGUAGCGCAGGCACGGGCGGCGCGCCUGGUGCAUCGGCAUUGACGUUCACACCGGAUGGGCAGCGCUUAGUGUUGUGUUCCUACGCUUCUGCGAUGGUCUAUGUCAUCGACCUGUUCCUGACACCUGUCACUGCGGAAUGCAGAAUCGCAGCUUCUCUCGAUGCGCAUCGUCGCAAAGGGGCGCCGACGCCUUCGGGGCGGCAGCUUGCAGGCCGGCUGGCAAAGACGCAGAUCAACGGCUCUGCCUCUCGGCUAUCUCACGAUAUCCGAGACGACGACGACGACGGUGACGAUAGCGGCAACGAUGACGACGGCGAUGAAGUCUCACCGAACCCUUCAACGGAGCAAGUCUAUGCUGUCAUCCAUCAUGCCAAGAUCUCGCCAGAUGGACAGUGGCUGCUGACCAUGGAUAGUCUUCGACGAGCGCACAUCUUCUCUCUCGACCUCUUCUCACAUCACAAAGCCCUUCCUUCGCCCCAACACUUGCCUUCUGCUAUUAUCUUCCAUCCCACAAACCCGUCUUACGUACUCAUGCUGCUUCCGACGAACAAGGUAACAAUCAUCAACAUCGAAAAGGGCUCCAUGGGCCCUUCCAGCGCUCAUGGAACUGGCGCGGGCAACGAUGAGUGGAUUACGCGUUUGGAGCAAACUAUCCAUCGGAAGACUCGGACGAUCAGAGAAACGGUCGUAGGUGGCGUCUGGCUGCCGACAACCAGCUCCACAUCGUCCGCUGCUGCAGCGAACGCACCCCUCGAUGCGCAUCCGCUCUUGCUCUGGGGCCCAACCUGGCUCGUCACGGUGCGUGGCAGCAGCACAACGGCAGCUCCGGCUGCGAAUGGCGCGGCGGUUGCUGGCCUGGUGAAUGGAUACAAAAGAGGACAUCAUGCGGGAGAUGCAGAGGACGGAACUGGGGAAGACGAGGAAAUCGAAUUGGAGGACGACGGAGGCGAUGCUGAAGAUGAUGACGGAGAUGCUGGCGACAUAACUGCGAUGCCAAAGCAGAUCAGCAAUAAGGGCAGGCAGUAUCACACCAAGAUCACCUUCCAGUAUCAGUCCAACCUGCUCGUCGACGCCAUAUCGGCUUCGAAGCCCGGGGAUGAACACGAAUUGGUCGUUAUCGAACGGCCUUACUUCAGCCUGGCUGGCUCGCUGCCUCCUGCGUACUACAGGGGCGUCAAGUACGGAAGUUGAGUGCAAGGAACAAGGAACAAGGGAUGUAGCCUAUGCACUUGCCUGCAAUGCUGCAAAAGGAUCUGUUGCCGUGCUUGUCUAGAAUACAGUAUGCAAGUUGAAA